AUGACUGCGACAGAACGGAUUUCUCAGAUCGCCACACAGCUGAAUCCUCUGGCAACACCUGUCGAUAAAAUAACACAAAAGCAUCCUGACGAUGUUGUAAUCACGCUUGCAAUCCGGACGCCGCUUACGAAAGCUGGCCGAGGCGCUAUGAAGGAUACUCUACUGGAUGGCCUAGUCUUCAAGAUUCUCGAGCAAGUCGUGCAAAGGUGCAACAUCGAUCCGAAGCUGGUCGACGACAUAUGCCUUGGCAAUGUUCGCGAUGGCAAAGCUGCCUAUUACUGCCGUGCUGCAGCUCUUGCCGCUGGCUUCCCCAACACUACAGCAGCAUCGUCAAGCUCCAGGUUCUGUUCUUCUGGACUUACUGCCACCCAACACAUUGCCACGGAAGUCGCGACCGGAAUCAUCGACAUCGGGGUAGCUGUGGGCGCCGAAUUGCUGUCCACUCCCAUCCCUCGACUUGACCGCGACUUUGUGGAAGAGGUCAUGGCCAAUCAAGAAGCUGCAGAUUGCAUGAUUCCCAUGGGCGGCACGUCUGAAAUCACUGCCAAGCACUUCAACAUCUCGCGAGAACAGCAAGACAGGUAUGCUGUGGAAUCUUACCGCCGCGCAGAAAAUGCCCAGAAAUCCGGCUGGUUCAUGGAUGAAGUUGCUCCCAUUACUGUCAAGAAAGACGGCAAAGAAGUUCUCAUUGAACAAGAUGAGAUUCGCUACGGCACCACUUAUGAGAAGAUCGCCAAACUUCCUGGCUCUUUCAAGGAAUACGGCGAUCGCAGCACGGCCGGGAAUAGCAGCCAGGUCACCGAUGGCGCAGCUGCCCUUCUGCUGAUGAAGCGCUCGAAGGCUCUAGAACUUGGUCAGCCUAUUCUUGGCAAGUAUGUCGGAACUGCUCUAGCUGGCCUACCACCGAGAAUCAUGGGUAUCGGACCAAGUCUAGCGAUUCCAAAAUUGCUUGCAAAAUAUGGUCUUGAUCUCAACAAAGACAUUGAUGUCAUUGAGAUCAAUGAAGCUUUCGCUUCCAUGGCAGUGUACUGUCGCGACAAACUUGGAUUGAGUUGGGAUAAGAUGAAUCCCAGAGGCGGCGCCAUAGCCUUAGGCCAUCCUUUUGGCAUGACUGGAGUACGUCAGAUUGUGACGGGGCUCAGCGAAUGCAGGCGAACGAAGCAGAAGAUACUGUUGACCUCGAUGUGUCUUGGGACGGGAAUGGGAAUGGCUGGCCUUUUCGUCAAUGAGCAGCUAUAA